AUGAAGAUUACCGAAAAAGCCACCUACGCGGCGGUGGUCGCGGGAACUGCGGCGUUGGCUGGCGAGUCUGUGACUAUUGAAGAGCAAAACACAGAGAGCCAUAGAUCAGAGCUCGUCCGGUCACCGGCCAGCUCGUCAGCUAGCAGGCACAAAGUUCAUGCAGAGAACCGCAGGAAGCAUCAGCUUCAGAAAGAGAGAAGAAAGCAAUACAACAAGAAGAAGGCGUAUUUGAUAGGACGCCGCCGUCGUGGUAGGAAUGCCCUUGCCAAUCCCGAUAGCCGCACCGUUCAGGCCAUCCAUGAUGAUAAUACGCACGUCGAUGAUACGCAUGACGAUGAUACGCAAGACGAUGAUACGCACGCCGAUGAUAUGCACGCCGAUGAUACGCAAGACGAUGAUACGCACGCCGAUGAUACGGUCCACAACGACCCUCAAUCACCUCUUCUUGAUUCGACAGCAACAUCUUCCGAUUUCCCCUCUCCUGAAACCUUCGAGAUUCAGUCACAAAGUAAACCGCCAUCUCCUUCGCCGAAGUCCUCUUCCCCAUUCCUCGUCCACCUGUCUGCAAACAACGCAGCCAAAGACAAGCCACCUGAGGUUGCACGGGAGUCGAUUAUGGGGGCUUCCCUUGCUUUGAGCGACGAUGAGGUCGACACUCAGAAGAAAGUGGAUACUCGACUUUUCGAUCGCCCCGAGGUAGAGGAUGACUGUGAAUCAGACAGUGAAUCGAGCUCUAGUGCCUUGUCUAGCCCCACUGCUUUGACCCCUGGAGGCGAAGGACCCAUUUGUCGUGAUUUGCGCAAAAAGAACAAAUACAGAAGCAGAGGUAUUGGACAUGGCCUUCGUCCUUCGGAGAAGAACAAGGCAUCUAAAGUAGAAGAAGCAUCUCAAGGUGAUCUUCACUCGAACGAGGACGCGCCGCAGGAGAUGGCAAUUUCCAAUGUUGACCUACCCAGUCGAGACGCGCAGACCAGGACACAUGCCAAGAAGCCUGAUCUCAAAGUCACGGUUCCAGCAGCCAGAACCUCAGAGAGUGAUUCAUCUUCCAUGGCUGGUCUAUCCAAAGUACUCAGCAGUAAUAUCACUGUUGUGCAAGCUGGUGGCCGACGAGAUGUGAACGCCUCCAGUGCAAGCUCAGCCAAGUCUGUUCCUCCAGUCAUUGUGGUAUCAAAGCCAGAGGGACACACCCGGUACGGCUCUGGUGAGACUCCCAAUCCGUCAUCCAGUGGGUACUCUAUGACGUCCAUCCAGCCUGAGUUACCCUAUUCAAUUACUCCCACUGCGUCGCCCAGUGGGUACUCGAUGAAAUCCCUUCCGCCUGAAACACCCUACUCAAGUGUACUCAUCCCACCUGCAACUGAGACAUACACUCCCAUCCCAAAGGGUGCAUUUUUCUGGGAUCUCACCACCGAAGGGUUCCCUUGUGCCAAGGCUGGAUGUCAGAAAAUCUGUGCCCAGUGGGACGGCCAAUCUUGUAUCUGCCCUGCUUGUGGACCUCUGUCAAAAAUCAGAUAUUGCAAGAAGGAACACCUGCGUGAAGCUGUGCGGGAGCAUUGGCCGGUCUGUGGCUAUUUCUCGUUCCAACAAUAUGUCAAAACUUCUUCAAUCCAGGAUGAAGUUAUGGCCGGACCCCCAAUGAUCCCGUCUAUCUACAAUAGCCCUUCUCUCGAGCGUCACCGCCAGGCGCUGUGGUUCAGCACUGCUCAGUCCGAAGGUGAUUAUUUCAUCUUCAGUGACCGUGCUGAACAGAUCAAGAAGAGCCUACCAGCAGGACAUGAGGAUGUGCGAUGUACGGGGAAACUCUUAGUCGCCAUUCGUUGGUCCAGCCCAGUGGAAAAAGACAAAUUUCGCCGAUGCCUCGCAGUCUGCCUUCUUGCUUCUGUCCAUGUCGACGACCUGGUGGACUAUGUUUACAGGAUGAUCCGUGAUAACCUCCGUUCUCGGUUCGAGUGGACCCAUGAGUUGGGCGAGAUUUUACGAGAGCAGCUAUGGCUGGAGACGGAGGUGGAAGUCGAGAAACAUUACAGACAUGCCUGUCUCAACGAGUGGACCGGUUUCCCUCCACGUCAUUGCCAGGAUCCAACCUGCGUCGCCGAACGCAAGGAUUUGUUAGGUGAACUUGGUGUGAUUUCAGGUCUCGAGCACAUGUGCCAAUUUAUGGAGGCACAGCAUUGGCUCCUGCGGGCUAAUCGGACCACACACCCCACCUGCAAGAGUAUCGAAGGUCGUAUUCUAGGUGAAGGAUACGGUGAGUGGGUUCCUGUGCAGGACCGGACUCUUUACCGUCGCGGCGAGGGUUGGGAUGGAGCUGGAACCGGCCCGAUGGAGUAUGAGGGCCCCCACUGGCGCUAG